CAAAAUCGCCUGUGCUAUUUCCUUCUUCUUAUUUAUGCUCCAAUUCAUAAAAAGAAAAUAAUUCACUCUUUCUCAUACCUCAUACCGUAAUUAUUAAUUCAUAUCCACUAGUUUUGAUCGAGCCACCAGCAGUUGGUUUCGGUCUCUGGCUUCAGCAUCUAUGCCGGAGAUCGAACAUGUCCCCAAUGACAACACCCUUCUCGGGAAAUACGACGUUGGUAAGCUGCUAGGAUGCGGAGCCUUCGCAAAGGUCUACCACGCCCGCGAUGUCCGUACGGGACACAGCGUCGCCGUCAAGGUCAUCAACAAGAAGAAGCUCUCCACCCCAUCCCUCAUCUCCAACAUCAAGAGGGAGAUCUCUAUCAUGCGCCGCUUGAACCACCCCCACAUCGUCAAGCUUCACGAGGUCUUAGCCUCCAAAUCCAAGAUUUACUUCAUCAUGGAUUACAUCAAGGGCGGUGAAUUGUUCGCCAAGGUCGCCAAGGGCCGCUUCUCCGAGGAUCUCAGCCGUAAGUUUUUCCAGCAAUUGAUCUCCGCCGUCGGCUACUGCCACUCCCGGGGUGUUUUCCACCGCGACUUGAAGCCCGAGAAUCUCCUCCUCGGCGAGAACGGGAACCUCAAGGUCUCCGAUUUCGGACUCAGUGCUGUCAAGGGUCAGAUCCGGCCCGACGGUCUGCUGCAUACCCUAUGUGGGACCCCGGCUUACGUGGCGCCGGAGAUUCUAACGAAGAAGGGCUAUGACGGUGCCAAGGUUGAUGUUUGGUCGUGUGGGGUCAUCCUCUUUGUGCUUAACGCCGGUUACCUUCCCUUCAACGACCCCAAUUUGAUGGCCAUGUAUAAGAAAAUCUACAAAGGCGAGUACCGGUGCCCCAAAUGGAUGUCCGCGGAUCUAAAGCGGUUCCUUUCUCGGCUUCUGGAUACGAACCCGGAAACCCGAAUCACUGUGGACGAGAUUUUGAAAGAUCCGUGGUUCAAAAAAGGCUUUAAGGAAAUCAAGUGGUGCGAGGAGGAGGAGAAGGAGGAGCAGAAGAAAGAGCUUCACCUCAACGCCUUCGAUAUCAUAUCGUUCUCGUCGGGUUUGGACUUGUCCGGUUUGUUGGAGGAGUCGGGAAAGCCCAUGGAAGACGGCGAGCGGUUCUUAUCGAGCGAGAGUCCGGAGAAAGUGGUGGAGAAAGCAGAGGAAUUGGCAAAGGCUGAGAAUUUGCGGGUGAAGACAAGGAAAGAGUGGGGGUUGGAGAUUGAGGGGCGAAAUGGGAAUUUGGGUAUUGGUAUCCAGGUUUACCGGUUAACGGAGAGUGUGGUGGUGGUGGAGGCCCGGAAGAGAGGUGAGGAGGUGGGGGUUUAUUUGGAGAAGCUUAAGGCCUUUCUAUCUGAGUGGAACCCAACCCAGGCAGGUUUGUGGUAACUGAAUUAGCUCAAGACAUUUGUCAGCCAGCCUUGAGCUUGGCUUGGAAACUGAAAUUUGGUGGUGGUUCUUGACUUCUUGUUUUGUGAUAUAAUUUGAUUUUGAUGCUACAGAAACUUUCUUAAAACUAUAAUAAUAAGGGGAUGGCUGCUUUUCUUUUCUUUUGUUUUGUUUUGUGUUUCUCCCAGUAACGAACGAUUUAUUGGGUGGUUUGUAAUUUGGCAAGAAGGAAUGGUUGUGAAAAACUAAUGUAAAUUUUAAUGUUGGAAUUAAUUGUAAUUUGUAUAUAGUGAAGUAUGAUUAGAGCAUA